AUGCCCAAAUUUGGCCUCGAUGAUUCAAAAAAUCCUCGGCUCGGCGUGCGGAAGGGCGGCGGGAAGCAGGAAACGCAGCAGCCGGGAUCGCCGAGCGGGAGCCGCGCCGCGCCGCCCGCACCGCGCCCGCCAGAGGGCACCCGCCGCCGCCGCGCCCCUGCCCGCACAACUUGCACAAGUUUCGGCGCGGAGCGCGGCGCCGCCGCCGCCGCCCCCGAGCCCAGCCCCGUCUUACCGCGCCGGCUCCCGCGGGGCUGCGAAGCUCUGUCCCGGCCGGCGCGGCCCGGGGCGCGGGGCCGGCCCCGGCCGGGGGCUGCGGGGGGCGGCCGCAGUGCCGGCCCCGCUCGGCUGGGCCGGGCUGCGCUCGGUUCCGGCCUCUUCCGCUCUUGCCUCUACUUUUCCACCCGGGCUGGCCGCAACUUGUGGUCCCUGCCCUCCGCCGGCGGCUCCCAGGAGUUGAUGGAGAGGGAGAUGCGGCGGCGAGCGCCCGGCGACGGGCGCGGGCAGCCAGGCAAACUCGCAGGGAUGUCGCUCCGGAGGGGCGGGGAGGGAAGGAAGGAGGCAGGCAAGGAGGGUGGGAGGGAGGCGGAGAAGCGGCGGGGGGGUUGGCAGAGCCGCCCCCGGCGGAACGGGGAUGUGCCGAUGCUCCGCGCCGAGCUCGGCGGCGGGCGGGCUGCCGGUCCCGCCGUGGCUCCCCGCGGCUCUUCCCCGCGGCUGCGUGCGCUGCCCCACUGCUCCCGGCGCCCAGCCCCGCUCUCGGCCGAGGAUGGCACCGCGCCUGGGCUGCCGGCGGAGCGGAGCCGGGCUCGGCGGGAGCGCCCGGGGACAGGGCCGGGGCCGGAGCGGGGGGACCGCGGCUGGCGGCGGCCCAGGGCUGGGCUGAGGCGAGAGACCCGGUGCAGCGGGUCCCGGUGCGGGGAGCGGGGAGCUGAGGAGUUUCAGCUGAAGACUUCUGAAGUAAAAUACAAAGGCGUCAUUAGGAGUGAAAUCCUCUGCUGCUUGAUGGUCACGGUCAGUGGUGCACUCAAGGGCCAGCAGAAAAUGUUGGCCUGCCCCCCUGGUCCUGUGGUCUGCCCGCAAAAUCCAAGAUGUGUAGCACCAUUGCUGCGUUGGAAUCACUUUUGGUCGAUGGUGGUGACUUCCAGAGCCUGAUUUCAUGACCUGGUGUCUGUGACCAAGCUGUUCUUCGGUAGUCGAGUGCAGGAAACAAAAGGCUGUGAGAUUUUGAGUGUGCUACCACUUACUGUGUUUAUAAUCUGUACUUCAAAGGAUGUAGAUUUUUAAUCAAUAAGCAUAACUUUUUCCAAGGCCUGUAUUCUUCUUUUUUUUUAUUUGCCCCCAUACCUAGAAAUGCUGUUGCAUGUUUAAGUAUUGCUUAAGCUACUCAAUGUGUAACUACAUUGAAAUGCAUAUAUGAAUUUAUAAAGGCCAUACAUUAUGGAUACUGAUUCUGUUUCUUUGUGCUAUGGAGUGCACCUCAGAAGGAUUAAAUUAUUAAAUUAUGCACAUUUACAUUAGUGAUGAACUGUGCCUGGAACCAUCCUAAUGUCUCAGAUGUGCCCUAUAGACUUGGCUUAAAAGGGAAAAAUACUGAUUAUUGCCUGGAUCAUAUCUUCCCAUCAGAAGAAAUUUGCAUAAUGAACAAAGAUCAGCACAUAAUUCCCUGACCUUGAAUCUUUUACAGUUGUGCCUUUUAUGCUGCUAGGGAAGUUAUUCCAGGAGGAAAGCAAAAGGAAAUGUAAAGCAACAAUAGAGGCCACAUUCCCCUUUAAGUCUGUAGAAACUGAGUGGAAUACACUACAAAUGAAAACCUCCCAAGUCUUUCCUUCUAUUCUCAUUGUACCCAUUACAUUUUUUCCCAAGGCUGGCCCAUUCUGGAACAUAUUAAAGUCCCCGAGAAUGACUUUUCCCAUAAAUUGUCAGGCAAUUCAGAAUGAGCAGAGUAUGUAUAGGACUUAUGGUAGGUUAAAAGCAAGAGUAAAACUCUCCCAAGAGCUUUUCUCACUCCCUGGGACCUGUGCUGAGAUCAUUACAUAUACAGUGUUCAACUGCAGUGUGAUAUUUGUGGAAAAACAUGAACAUGAUUUACUGACUUGCCCCAUAUAUUCACAAAUGGUACCAUUUAGAAAAACUCUAAUAAAUAAGGCAAUGAAGGCAUU